AUGGCCUGCUGUGUUGCCCGCUGCUGCAGUGUCCCCACCGGCCCUGCCACCACCAUCUGCUCCUCUGACAAGUCCUGCCGCUGUGGAGUCUGCCUGCCCAGCACCUGCCCACAUGAGAUCAGCCUCCUGCAGCCCACCUGCUGUGACCCCUGCCCCCCACCCUGCUGCCAACCUGAAGUGUACGUGCCAACCUGCUGGCUGCUCAACUCUUGCCACCCAACUCCCGGCCUGAGCGGCAUCAACCUGACCACCUACGUCCAGCCUGGCUGUGAGAGUCCCUGUGAGCCCUGCUGUUAA